CCUUUUCCAAACUUCUCUCGUGAACGCUGCAACAGCAGCAGACAGGCGAAGCUCAGGUAUUUGAUCCCUCAUCUUUGGCUUAUUUCCGAGGAUCGCCCCUUUCAUUUCAGUCCGAAAUGAUUUUGAGGAGUGCAUCAACGCCGUUAUUCAAUACAUUGGUUCCACACUCUAAGGAGCCAUCGCCGGACCUCGAGUUUCCGUACCAGAUUUCUCGAACCCGAACCGUUUCGUUCACGGUUUCGUGUUCGAGCUCGAUUUCGGUUGGAUCGAGCGACGAUUCGACUCGGAGGAUGACGAGGGCGGUGUCGGAGACGGAUCUCAGGGACCUAGUGGUUCCGAAAAUUAAAACCGUUCAGAAAAAUGGCGGCAUCUUGAAUGGGGUCUGUGUUGAGGAAGAAGAGGUGGAACAGGAAGAAGCUGGGUUUGAAUGGUGGAGAGCCUCGUCUCUUGGAGUCGAGGAAGAGUGUGGGAUAGGCGGUGGUGGAGGAAACAUAUGCGGCGGCGGUGGUAGAGGAGGUGCUGAUGGAUCCGACGGCAGUGAUAACGAAUGGGGUUAUUGGGAUUCGAAUAACGGGAAAGACAGCUCCGAUACUUAUUAUCAGAAAAUGAUCCAAGCUAAUCCUGGAAAUUCGCUUCUCCUCAGCAAUUACGCUAGAUUCUUAAAAGAGGUUCGUGGGGAUUUAGUGAGAGCAGAAGAAUAUUGUGGGAGAGCAAUCUUGGCAAAUCCAAAUGAUGGGAAUCUUCUCUCCAUGUACGCUGAUUUAAUCUGGCAAACUCAUAAAGAUGGUCCUAGAGCUGAAACUUACUUUGAUCAAGCCGUUAAAUCUGCCCCUGACGACUGUUUUGUACUAGCAUCAUAUGCACGAUUUCUUUGGGAUGCUGAGGAGGAAGACGAUGAAGAGGAAAAGGCUGGCGAAAAAUUUAGUAAUGGAUCAGAUCAAAGCUUUUUCCAUGGAGCUCCUCCUUUGGCUGCUGCUUCUUAAGCCUCGUGGUGUGAAAUAACUUGUAUUUAAGCUUUUUUGGACUUUUGGGAAGCGAUGAUAUUUUUUAAGCUAUAAGCUCUUUUUUGCUGUCCAUAACAAUAAGCACGAAGGCGUAUAAAGGUCUUUGAUCUUAUGAAAGAUCAAAUGAUCCAAUACCAACCAAGUACUGAACCACUAACCAAACCAAUUCCCAGGAACACGACCAAUUCAAUCGCAGAUAACUCUGCUUCCGAAACCGGCAAGGACUUGGGGCCUAGGAUCAUGGGCACGCUUGUUAGGUAUCCAUUUGUGAGACCAAGCAUAAACCUAACAACCACUACCAGCACUUCAUCCUUGAGCCACUCCGGUCCGUGGAGGCAAGCGGUGAAAACUGGAUAGAACAAAAGCCUAGAUAUGCAACUCUGUGAAGCUUUCUUUAUGCUCUGCAUUACAUAUAUUGCAGUAAGAGACUUCCCCGUGAAAUCUGCGACAUCAUACACUGAGCAAAACAGGAUACGAAAUCCCGAAUAAGCUUGGAUUCCAUAUUCUCGGCUACGAAUCCUGGGAAAAUAGGUAGUGUGACGAUGUAUAUCAUGAGAAUACCAAAAGCUUGCCAGCAAACCUUUCUUGUUAACUGUCCAAAAUUGUGGCCUGGAGCAAAAUGGGUCAUUUUGGAGAAGCCUGUAAUGGUGUUGGAUAAUUGCUUAUUUUGUAUAGCAAACUGCAGGAAAGCAGGAGAGCGGUGGUGACUAUAAAAUAGAAGUGAGCACUGGCUUGGAGAUCCUGCGGGGUUUGAGGAAGUGAAAUCUUGGUUAUUAUUCUCAGGAUGCAAACCAGCACACCUGUUAAUCAGAUAACGAAUACCAACAAAUUUUUUUUUAUACAAUUCUAGAAUUAUCCAUAAUUCAUCUCAACAUUUAAGAAGAGGAUAAAUGUAUUUCAACACACUUGAAAACUCGUGUUUUUUUGCAUUGACAA